AUGGCGGUCGCUCCCGCAACCCUUUUUCUCCGCCUACCAUCCGAGCUGCGCUUUGAGGUCUACCACCAUACUAUUCAGUCGACACUGCCUAAUGCGCCCACGUCCUACGCACUGAACGACUGUAAAGGCUUUCUCCUCUCUAGCAAACGGAUCUACGCCGAGUUCGAGUCCGAAUGGGCGACGGAGUUCAACUACUUACUCGACGGUAUCAAGGAAGCCUGGCCAUUUGACAGUCCUCUGGUAAUGCCUCCUGUGGCUCGGCUCCUGAAGGACUUCUUUGCUAGUCUAUCAGAGACAUUGCCACGGUUCACCUUCACUCUAAAUCACGAUGGUGUAGAUACGCCGAUACGGCGUCCUUUAGCCACUUGGCAGAGCCGAGCCAUGUACUUUGGAAUUCUUCAAUCAGACCAUCCGAAAACCAAUCCUCUAUUUUUCUCUGGAGGCAAAGAAUUCUUCACUGUGGAGUAUAUCUCGGACGAGAUCCUCUCUGUAAGAAGGUGUUGA